AUGACGAAACAUGCUGGGCCACAGGUUGGCUCGCCUGAGGCCUUUGCCGCUGCGAUCCUCGCCAAAGGACUGCCCUCUAAGGACGACGUGCUCGCUUUGGCACGCAUGCUGCCUAUGAGCCCCUCUCCCAGAGAUGAAGCUGCCAAGUCCUUUAGCACGGGUGCAUGCGUGCAUGGCGGAGCCGUGAACAUACGCAAGACGUGCGGCCUGCAUCCUUUUGCGACUCUUGCUCUCACCGCCUUCGUGCGUGCGAAAGCCCCCGAGUGCACUUUCAGCACAGUCACUGUGCUAUUCGAGGACUCCGCACCGCCACAUAGAGAUCUACAAAACCACUCUUGCGAGAAUCACGUUUUCCCUUUGAGCACCUUCUCAGGGGGUAAGCUGUGGGUUGAGGGGCAUGGCGACGAAAGGCUGGUGCUAGACGGCAAAGAAGUAAUCGGAGGCCCGCUGGAGUGGGUAGGCGACUGUGUCAAGUUCCGUGCAGACAAGCUGACACACUUCGUUCUGCCGUGGAAGGGUUCAAGGGUUGUCUUGGUUGCCUUCUGCGUUAGGUUCUUCACUGAGCUUGACGGCGAUAAGCUUGCGACCCUAACCUCUUUGGGGUUUAGGCUCCCAAACCCUUCCGAUUUGUGCCCGCCGGCCAGUGCAGACCCCUGCGACAGGGGUCCGGGCCCAUCAGAGGCUCCAGAGGUCGAUCGAGAGCCAAACACAGGCAUUGCAUCUCCUGGGGAUGGAUUCAUAGCGGCGCCUCCUCGUGCGAGUGCCGAGCCAUCUGCCAAUCAUGUCCCUCAUUCGCCUUCGCUUGUCCGCUUGGCUGAGGAGCCCAGAAAAGCGCACCUGUUCGAGAAGCCUUUGUUCAUCGAGGUAUGCGCGGGCUCAGCCCUCCUUUCAAGUGUCGCUCGAGAGGCAGGGUUCGACAUUCUGCCCAUUGAUGCAGGACACAAGGUUCCCCGGGCGUAUGCACAUGUGCUUCGCCUCGACUUGCGAGAAUCGCUCACGCUUCAGUUUCUAGAGAAUGUGUUACAGAAUCGAGCUGUCGCUUGGAUACACUUCUCCCUGCCAACUGGCACGACUGGGCGUGUCUUUCGAAGCCUCGCCUCUCCCAGAGGUCUGCCCAACUUGCAAGAGCCCGGAGCCUCCCGCGUGCUGGCGGCUAACGCCAUCUUCGACAACGUUGCCACUUUGCUUCAGAAAGUCCUUGCAUCAUUUCCGUCGGUUGGUGUCUCUGUAGAGCAUCCCAUCGGAUCUGCCGUUUGGGAGCUGCCAGCCUUUGCUCAGCUUCGACGCUCUCUGCCACGAGUCACCCUGACUGCAUGCUUCUUCGGUGCAUUCUACAAUCGCAAGACCCUCCUUGUGACCAACCGAGAUGUUUUCCAGUCAAUGGGCGGCCUUUGCCCCGGUUGUGUAAGCCACGGCAAGCCUCCAGGCUCAGGUUUUCGGUUGGAUGGCAGCUACCCCAAAGCCUUUUGUGAGGCCUUUGUUGGCCACGUUGCAGCUCACUCUGCCUCGUGCGGCUUCUUCUUGGCACCCCAAGCAGUGUCGACAUUGCAUGCUUCACGCACGGCCGCGCAGGCCCAACCUCGUGCCUCGAAAUUCCCGCCGUUGAUCUCCGAGUUCGCCUACACUGUGUCGGUCCGCGCUCCGCGCGUUCCCCCUUUGAACAAUAAGUCAUGCCUUACGGCCUCUUGGCUAUCCGUGCCGCUAGGCUCCAAGCUGCUGCGGUCCAGUUUUCCAGGGGGCCCGAAUUGCCCGCCGCAUCCUGGCCCCUAUCUGCCAGAUACCUCGCUCACAUCAUUUACAUUCGGAGUGUAUCGUGAGCCGAGCACUUUCUUGAAAGAAGCCAAGCUCCUCAAGCAUCCCUUCGACACAUGUCGCGGUCUCCCAGAUGGCAUGCUUAAGGUGCUGCACUUUAUCCUGGUGCAGGGUCCAGUUGGAGUCAUGAGACACCGGCUUAAUGUCAUAAAGCUUUGGCAAAAGUGGGCGUCCGAGCUGGCCCCCGAAGAGGAAAAACUUCGUGCAAGCCUUCACCCUGACGUGCGAGCCGUGCUAGGCAACAAACGUGUCCUCUUGAUGAAGAAGAUCGCCUCCUCCCUUAAUUGGCCUGACACCACCUUAUGGGAUGAUCUUACUCAGGGGUUUAAGCUUACCGGGUCCCAACCCCGGACGGGCGUCUUUGAGCCAGACUGUAAGCCAGCCAUUUCUUCCGAGUCCGAGUUCUGGAUGGCAGCGUCUGCUCAAACGCGCAACGUGGAAGAGGCAGACCCUAGUGGGAAGCAGUGGCUACACGGCCCGCUUUCUCGCGCAGAAGUGGGCAAGUGGCGGCCCAUCGAUGACUUCAGUGAGAAUGGGGUCAACGCAUGCUUUGAAUGCUUCGAGCGCCUUUCCCUCAAAGCCUUGGACGAGGUCGCAUGGGUUUGCAUGUAUAUCAUGAAAGCUUGCAAAUACACAGGCUCCGUUGAUCUCGAGCUCAGCGAUGGGACUAGGCUUCGUGGUCCAGUGCACGCUUGUUGGAAAGACGUGGCACACUCCAAGCCGCAGACCAAAGCCUAUGAUCUUAAAUCCGCGUACAAGCAGCUGCCUCUGAGGCCGUCCGAGCAAGCGAAGGCGGUUCUCGUCCUGAAGAAGCCAGGAGGCUCCGCUUGUGGCUUCGUGUGCAAAACAUUGCCGCUUCUGUGGGAACUCCUCGUCCUGACCAGCUGCUACUUUGACGAUUAUCCUGCUGCAGCCCCCACUUUACUCUCUCAGUCGACUGAUCACGUUGUUCACUCGCUGAUGGAUCUCCUGCAAUUUCAGAUGGCAAAGCCCAAAGAGAAACCUUUUGCCACCGUCACAGAAAUGCUUGGAGUUCUUGUGGAUACCUCCGAUGAUUCGCUUGCGAGUGUAAAGAUCGGUAAUAAGCCGGAUCGAGCUGCUGCGCUCUCCGAGGCUUUAGGCAGCAUCAUUUCUUCAGGUCGGGUUGAGGUCAGAACUCUGCCGACUCUCUUUGGCAGACUCCAGUUUGCUAAGGCCCAGAUCCUCGGCAGAACUGGGCGACUGGGAGUCGCGGACGUUCGCAAACUUGAGCACAGCAAGUCGGAGUUCGUGGAUCUGAGAGAUGACCAGCUGCAAGCUUUUAAGGUUCUUAGGGCUAGGCUCCUUAGGGGUGCCCCUAGGUCUCUUUCUUCUUCCCCGGGUGAGCCUCCUGUCCUUGUCUUCACUGACGGCGCAUGCGAGCCAACCGCAAGCGGAGGUCACUUGGCCACAGUCGGGGGAGUUUUGAUUGUGCGGGGCCGACACCCGCAGGUGCGUACUUUCGGCUGUAAGGUCAAUGAUGAUCUUGUGUCCAAAUGGUCCUCUGAAAAGAGACACCUUAUUGGGCAAACAGAGCUUUUCGCUGUAGUCCUUGCUCGGUCGCUAUGGUCGCAGUACCUUGCAAAUAAGAGGACACUUUUCUUUAUUGACCAUUCUGGUGUGCUGGGGGCAUGCGUCUCGGGGUCUGCCACUGACCCUUACUGGCGAGAACUCUUGUUACACUUUGAGGCUGCCGAUGAGCCAGGACCAUGUCUCUCGUGGUUCAUGCGAGUCCCCAGCCACAGCAACUUGGCGGACGCCCCUUCGAGGGCAAAAUGGUCCGAGAUGACCUACUUGGAGCCGUAUUCCAGGGAUCGUCCUGCAUGCUUCGUUUCAGGCACUCUCCUCGCUGACGUCGAGUCAUAG